AUGAGGCAAGAAUACAGUUUGAGGGUUUCAAGAAUCAAAGACAGUGUAGAGUAUUCAUUUUCAUCGGGGAAACAUGAGCUUGAAGUUGCUUAUCGCAAACGCUUGACUUCCAAUUUAAAAGUAAUUCGAUUUUUCUUGUUACAAGGAUUGCCUUUUUGGGGACAUGAUGAGUCUUCGACAUCAUUCAAUAGAGGAAAUUUUUUAGAAUUGCUCAAAUGGUAUAGCUCAGAGUGUCCAGAAGUUGCGGCCGUUGUUGGAAUGAAUGCACCUGGAAAUAAUCAAACGAUUUUCCCAAAAAUUCAAAAGAAAUUGGUGAAUGCUUGUGCAGUUGAGACCACAAAUGCUAUUCUAGCUGAUCUUGGAGAUAGGUGGUUCACUUUACUACUUGAUGAGGCUCGUGACUGUUCAGUGAAAGAGCAAAUGGCAGUUGUUAUUAGAUAUGUGAACAAACAUGGAGAGGUGAUUGAACGAUUUAUGGCUGUAGUUCAUGUUGCAACAACUACAACUGCUUGUUUGAAGGAGGCAAUCGACUCUUUAUUUGCUAAGUAUGGUUUGUCAGUGGCAAGAUUGAGGGAUCAAAGAUAUAAUGGUGCUUCAAAUAUGUAUAGAGAAUUUAAUGGCUUAAAGUCACUGACAAUGAAAGAAAAUCCGUAUGUAUUGUAUGUUCAUUGUUUUGCUCAUCAACUCCAGCUAAUGGUUGUAGCUGUUGCUCAAGCAAAUCAAUAUGUUUGUGAUUUCAUGUGGAUUGUUGGUUCGAUUGUGAACACAUCUGCAUCAUCUUGCAAAAGGGCCGACAAACUUCGACAACUUGAACAUGACAGAAAAGUUAAACUUCUUGAAAGAGGAGAGAUUAGUUCUGGUAGAGGACUAAACCAAGAAACUAGUCUAGCUAGACCUGGAGAUACACGAUGGGGGUCUCAUCAUUCAACUUUAUGUCGUUUUGAACAAAUGUGGCCAUUUGUUAUAGAGGUUCUUCAAAAUUUGAUUGAUGAUGGUGAUCGUUCUUCUAAGGGUUUAAGUAGAACUUUGGUUGAAAGAAUGGAGAGAUCAGAUGAACGGUUUAAAGGCAUUUCAGAUUUGGGAGCUCUUGCAAAGAAAAUGAUUGAAACAAUGAAGAACCGUGUGUUUCCUUUGGUUUAUUGGAUGAUUGAGCUAGCCUUACUUCUUCCAGUUGCUACUGCAACCGUUGAAAGACUGUUUUCGGCAAUGAAUAUUGUCAAAACAGAUUUGCGAAACAGGAUUGGAGAUGAAUGGAUAAAUGAUAGUUUGGUAGUCUAUAUCGAGAAAGAUGUUUUUAAUACUGUCGACAAUGAGCAAAUUUUACAGCGUUUUCAGAAUACGGAGUCUCAAAGAAUAUAA